AUGGAGAGGGCCACUCGCUUACCUGGGGGUGCAGGCCCAGGCAGGGUGGAGAUCAGCAAACCCAAAGAUGCAGUAGACACGCGGCUGACGGCGCUGGACCCAGGGACUCUGCUCUCCACAGGGCCUCCACCCACUGGGGAGGAAAUAAAGCCGGAGGGGACCUCGGGGAGGAGUUUGAUGGGGGCUUGGGCGUGGUCUGGGCGGGGAGGGGCGUGGCUUCAGCGAUCUCCGGCCCAGUGCGCUCUGGCCGGGAUAGGAUCCAGUGAUCAACCAUUCCUCUGUGCAGAUGUGAGGUUGGGGCUGUGUUUCCUGCAUUGGCAUGAGGAAGACUGUAGAAUGCCCCUGCCUGGCAAGUACCAGAUGGAUGUCUGUUGCUGCUCCAUCGGGACCUCAUGGGGAGCUGAGUGCAAGGUUUGCCCGGAGCCCAGCUCCCCAGAAUUCUCCAGCCUGUGUCCCCAAGGGCUGGGCUUUGCCAGCCAGGACUUCCUGUCUGGCCAACCGUUCUAUAAAGAUGUGAAUGAGUGCAAGGUGUUCCCUGGCCUGUGCACACAUGGCACCUGCCGUAAUUCCAUGGGCAGCUUCCACUGCUCCUGUGACAGAGGCUUUACCCCGGAUGCCCAGGAGAGGAACUGCACAGACAUCGAUGAAUGUCGGAUCUCCCCUGACCUCUGCGGCCAGGGUACCUGCGUCAACACCCCAGGCAGCUUCAAGUGUGAUUGUUUUCUUGGUUUCACUAAUGGCUCUUUACUGAUGAAGAACUGCACGGAUGUAGAUGAGUGUGCCAGGGACCCGCUGCUCUGCCAGGGAGGCACAUGCAUCAACACAGAAGGGAGCUAUGAGUGCCACUGUCCCUCUGGACGUGAGCUGAAGGCCCAAGGCACUGCCUGUGAAGAUGUGGAUGAAUGUGAAGACAACCUAGGCAUCUGUGGAGAAGGCCAGUGUACCAAUGUGCCAGGAUCUUACCAUUGCAUUUGUUAUGACGGCUUCUCAGCCUCACCAGACAUGAAGAUUUGUGAAGAUUUGAAUGAAUGCGACAUGAAUCCCUACCUCUGUCUCCAUGGGAACUGUGAGAACACAAAAGGAUCCUUCACCUGUCACUGCCAUCUAGGCUAUGUUAUCAGGGAGGGAGCUACAGGCUGCUCUGAUGUGGACGAAUGUGAGUUUAGGAGACACAGUUGUGACAGGCAUGCCUCCUGUCUCAACAUCCCUGGGAGUUUCAGCUGUAGGUGCCACCCAGGCUGGGGUGGAGAUGGCUUCAAGUGCCACGACCUGGAUGAAUGUGCCAUCCAACAGCAUCAUUGUGACCCAAAUGCCAACUGCCUCAAUACCGUGGGCUCUUACCACUGCACCUGCCAACCAGGAUUUGUUGGAGAUGGCUUAAUCUGUGAAGACAAGGAUGAAUGCAUGGAGAACGUGGGCCUCUGCAAGAAUGGACAGUGCCUCAAUGAACCUGGCGGCUACCACUGUGAAUGUGAUGUGGGCUUCAACCUUACCAAGAACCAGCUGGCCUGCUGGGAUGUGGAUGAAUGUGAAAAUCCUGCGAACUGCAUCAAUGGCCUGUGUGUUAACACCCCUGGCAGCUACCUCUGCAACUGCCCCCAGGACUUUCAGCUUAACCCCAGUGGAGUGGGCUGUGUUGACGCCCUGGCCGGGAUCUGUUUCUUGGAAGUGCAGGACCGAGGUGACCAUGGCAUUUCCUGUAGUGCAGAGAUUGGAGCUGGUGUCAGCAGAGCAUCUUGUUGUUGUUCCCUGGGCCAAGCCUGGGGCCGUCCCUGCAAGCCAUGUCCGAUCAGCAACACCUCAGAGUAUAGGACCCUGUGCCCCGGUGGUAAGGGUUUCCGGCCCAAUCCCACCACUGUGAUUCUGGAAGACAUCAACGAAUGCCAGGAGCUACCCAGACUAUGCCAGGGAGGCAACUGUACCAACACCUUCGGUACCUUCCAGUGUGAGUGCCCUCUUGGAUACAGCCUCAGUGAAGAUACCUGCACCUGUGAGGACAUUGACGAGUGUACCACCUUGGUGGGGCAAGUGUGUCAGCUCGGUCAGUGCCUCAACACAGCCGGUUCCUUCCACUGCCUCUGCCAAGACGGCUUCGAGCUCACAGCUGACAGGAAGGACUGCAUGGAUAUCAACGAAUGUCUGAGCCUCCCAGGGACCUGCCUGCCAGGCACCUGUCAGAACUCGCAAGGCUCCUUCCAGUGCACUUGCCCCCCUGGCUUCCAGGCGCAGAGUGGCCAUUGUAUUGACACUGAUGAAUGCUUGGAGGAGCCCAGCCUCUGCUUUUUUGGCACCUGUACCAACAGUCCUGGAACCUUCCAGUGCCUCUGCCCUCCUGGCUUCAUCCUCUCUGACAGUGGACACUAUUGUUUCGACACUCGCCAGAGUUUUUGCUUCACCCAGUUUGAGGCCGGAAAGUGUUCAGUGCCCAAAGCUUUCAACACCACAAAGACCCAGUGCUGCUGCAGCAAGAACCCCGCUGAGGGGUGGGGGGACCCCUGUGAGCUGUGCCCUCAGAAUGACGUUACUUUUCAGGAGCUCUGUCCCUUUGGCCAUGGGGCUGACCCAGGCCCAGAUGACUCCAGAAAAGAUGUGGAUGAGUGUGCAGAGAAUCCUGGCAUCUGCACUGGUGGCCUCUGUGUCAACACUGACGGCUCCUUCCAUUGCCAGUGUCCCUUCGGCUACAGCCUGGACUUCAGCAGCAUCGCCUGCGUUGACAUUGAUGAGUGCUCCCUGAAUCCACUGCUCUGUGCUUUCCGCUGCCACAACACUGAGGGCUCCUACCUAUGCACCUGCCCAGCUGGCUACACACUGAGGAAGGAUGGUGCCAUGUGCCAAGAUGUGGACGAGUGUGCAGAUGGGUCUCAGGAUUGCCACACCCGGGGCAUGCUGUGCAAAAACCUCAUUGGCACUUACGUCUGCAUCUGCCCGCCUGGCAUGCAGCCCCAGCCCUCUGGGGAGGACUGCACAGAUGAGGAUGAAUGCCAGUCCCAGCCCAGCCUCUGUGCCCAUGGCCGCUGCAUCAACACAGUGGGAAGCUUCCAGUGUAACUGUGAUGAGGGUUUCCAUCCCAGCUCCACCCUCACUGAGUGCCGUGAUAUCCGGCAGGGGCUCUGCUUCUCUGAGGUGCUACAGGCCAUGUGCCAGAGUCAGUCAAGCAGUGGUGAGGCUGUGCCCAGAGUCAUGUGCUGCUGCGGGGGUGGCCGGGGCUGGGGCCCCCAUUGUGAGCUCUGUCCCUUGCCUGGCACCUCCGCCUACAGGAAGCUCUGCCCCCACGGCAAGGGCUACAGCACCGAGGGCCAAGAUGUGGAUGAAUGUCACAUGUUUGCUGACCUGUGCCCCCAUGGCGAGUGCAUCAAUAGCAUUGGCUCCUUCCACUGUGACUGCCAUGCUGGGUAUACACCAGAUGCCACUGCCACUGCCUGCAUGGAUGUGGAUGAGUGCAGCCAGGACCCCCAGCCGUGUUCCUUCCUCUGCAAAAACACAGAGGGUACCUUUCUGUGCGCCUGCCCACGUGGCUACCUGUUGGAGGAAGAUCUCAGGACCUGCAAAGACCUGGAUGAGUGUGCCUCCAGACAGCACAACUGCCAGUUCGUCUGUGUCAACACCAUAGGCGCCUUCACUUGCCGCUGCCCCCCUGGCUUCACACAACGCCGGCAGGCUUGUUUCGAUAACGAUGAGUGCUUGGCCCAACCUGGCCUAUGUGGUACCCAUGGACACUGCCAAAAUACCCCAGGCAGCUUCUACUGUGAGUGUCAUAGAGGCUUCAUCCUGGACAGCUCUGGCCACAGCUGUGAAGAUAUAAAUGAAUGUGACAGGCCCCACCGAUGCCAGUUUGGCUGUCAAAAUGAGCUAGGUGGUUACCGCUGCAACUGUCCCCAAGGCUUCACCCAGCAUGCCCAGUGGGCCCAGUGUGUGGAUGAAAAUGAGUGUGCCUUAUCACCCACAGCUUGUGGUAGUGCCUCUUGCUACAAUACGCUUGGCAGUUUCCACUGUGUCUGCCCCUCUGGUUUCAAUUUCAAUCAGGACCUUGGAGGCUGCCAGGAUGUGGAUGAGUGUGCAGAGCAAAGCAACCCCUGUAGUUAUGGUUGUGCCAACACACAUGGUGGGUUCUUGUGUGGCUGUCCCCAAGGCUACUUCCGGGCUGGACAAGGACACUGCAUCUCUAGCCCUGGGUUCAGCUCUGGAUCUCAGGCCACCCCAGAUGAGGAAGAAUCACUUUCACCUGAAGCCUGCUAUGAAUGCAAGAUCAAUGGCCUCUCCCCUCAGCACCGACCAAGACGCAGCACCCAAGGAGGUCAUCAGGUGAGCCUGGCUACCCUUGACACGGAAGUCCCCUUGACCUUGAGCCUGUACAUCUCACACCUUGGCCAAGUCAAGCAUAUCUUAGAAUUUCGACCAGCUCUUGAGAGUCUGGGAGGCCAGAUCCGUUAUAUUAUUGCCAGAGGCAACAACCAUGGUUUCUUCUGCAUGAAUCACCUGGAUGGCUUCAGCUCCCUGCACCUGGGCCGUGGGAGACCAAGACGAGGGAAAUACCAGCUGGAGGUGGUGAGUGUGGCAGGAGCUCAGGCCCAACCAGGGCCAGCCAAGCGAGCCUUGCGGCUAACAGUCCAAUUCCAGCUGCUGUAGCAGAGAAGCUUCAGUGCAUCUAGAGUUCCCAUGACAUCUGAAAGUGGAGAUUCUGGAACUGGCUAGAACUGAUCUCGGGAACAAUGGCUGACCAAGUUGAACCUCAAAACUCAGGAAGAGUGGACCAUUACACUAUGACCUCAGAUGAACCCAGCCUAUGCAAGCCCACCAGGUGAUCCCAUCUGAGGCGGGGCAAUACCUCAAUCUCUCCUGGACUCAGCUAGAAGUCACAACACUCACCCCUCCACCCCACAACCAGGGUCAGCAGGAGGGGCCCCUAAUGUUCACUGCGCCUUGUCUUCCUCAAGCUUAAGCUUCAAGACUGCACUAUGAUUCACCAAGGGUGUUGGUGGGACAUGGGAACAAAGUGACUAGGAUGGGUGUGGAGGUCACCCCUCAGAAUCAAAAUGGGAAGCCUUCUCCCCCACAUCUUGACUACCAGAUUCAUUCCCCAGAGCCUGGGCUACGGUUCUAAAGAUCCUUUUAUACUGAAACUGAAGAAAACAAUAAAGGA